CAGUGCAGCCCUCUCUCUCGCUCGUGGUCUGAUGUGCUUUUGAAUCCCUCCUUCCCCUCGAAGUCUUCAACCGUAAUCUUUCCCCUCAAUGAAUUCGAAGCCCUAAGCCUCUCUCUACCUCCCUUCGAGCCCGUUCUUCGUCAUCCAUAGCGUCAAAUUCCCGCUCGAAUCCUCGAUUUCUUUCCCGUUAGCUUGUGGUCGAAUCGAGCAAUGGACGUGGGCGAUGGAGCUUACAGUUCUCGCACUGCGGAGGAUGUCUUCCGCGACUUCAGAGGCCGAAGAGCCGGCAUGAUCAAGGCGCUCACAACCGAUGUCGAAAAGUUCUACCAGCUGUGCGAUCCAGAAAAGGAGAAUUUAUGUCUUUAUGGGCUUCCUAAUGAGACUUGGGAAGUAACCUUGCCUGCUGAGGAAGUACCUCCAGAACUUCCUGAGCCAGCCUUGGGAAUCAACUUUGCGCGAGAUGGUAUGGAUGAAAAGGACUGGCUUGCCCUAGUUGCAGUCCACAGCGAUGCAUGGUUACUUGCCGUUGCCUUCUAUUUUGGCACACGUUUUGGAUUCGAUAAAGAAUCCAGGAGGCGGCUUUUCAAUAUGAUUAACAAUCUCCCUACCAUAUAUGAAGUUGUAACUGGUACCACAAAGAGACAGUUCAAGGAAAAGACCUCUAACAGCAGCAGCAAGAACAAGUCAAGCUCAAAGAUGCAGUCAAGACCGGCAGAGUCCCAAACCAAGGCUUUAAGGAUGCCAACUCCAAAAGAAGAUGAAGAUAGUGGUGCAGAUGAAGAGGAAGAUGAACAGGAGCAUGAGAACACUUUAUGUGGUGCCUGUGGAGACAAUUACGCUAAUGACGAGUUCUGGAUAUGCUGUGAUGUAUGUGAGAGAUGGUUUCAUGGGAAGUGUGUCAAGAUCACCCCUGCCCGAGCUGAGCACAUCAAGCAGUACAAGUGCCCGAGUUGUAGCAAUAAGAGGGCUAGAGCAUGAAACAAGAAAUGUUUUGGAUUAUUUGCCAAUUCUUCAGUACCGUUGGAAAACAACAUGUGCAGAAAACAGCAGACAUGUAAGCCCAAGUUUAGUUAGGUUCUAGACUUUGUUUCCUCAUGUCCUUGUUCGGUAUGUAGUUAACUAGUGCCGUCUAUUUGCGCAAGGGCUCGUGUAUGGGUGUGUUAGGUAAUCUUUUAUUUGCUGAAUAUAACUUGGUCCAUUAUGGUAGGGGCUCAGAUUUAGCAGCAUUGUAUUUUUUUGAGAACGAAAAUCAAAUUAGUAUGUUUGUCUAA